AGUCCUGGCUCUGGGACGCUCCCGCUCCUCCUGCUCCGGCUCUGUUGUGGAUCUGCGCGCCGGAGCUGAGCUCAGUCUGCCGGGCAGAGACAACAGGGAUGAGGUCCCGGGCUCCGGCUCUCAGCCCGGGAACAGAACCAGAACCAGAACCACAGAGAAGAACCGGGGAAAUACAUGGAUGUAACUUUUCCGAGGACAAACUUCAUGUUUGGACUUAAAGUGGAAACUUUAAUUUUGUUUGGAUGAAAAUUACGCACCGAUUUAUUUUGUAUUUUUUGUCGUUUAAAUGUUUAAAUGAACUACAAACAAAGUCUGAAAGAAAUCUGACUUUUGUUGUUUGACUUUGAAGAUUCACAACUUUUGUUAUUAUUGUUUUUUUUUCCUCUGACGGAGAUGGAACCGGAGGAAGGGAAGAUCUCGGUGUGGGUUUGCCGGGAGGAGAAGCUCGUCUCCGGCUUAACGAAGCGAACCACCUGCGCGGACGUGGUCAAAGUUCUGCUGGAGGACCAGAACCUGCGGCAGGGCAGCUCCGCCGCGAUGCUGUCCGGCGCCCCGCAGUCCUACUGCGUGGUGGAGAAGUGGAGAGGUUUCGAGAGGAUUUUACCCAACAAGACCAAGAUCCUGCGGCUGUGGAGCGCGUGGGGAGACGAGCAGGAGAACGUGCGCUUCGUCCUGGUGAAGAACGAGGCGUCGCUGCCCAACAACGGCCCGCGCAGCGCGGAAGCCCGUGUGGUCCAGAGCCGGGAGAGCGGGGGUCCGGGCGCCGCGCUCAAAGGCACCGCCAGGAGCUGCUGGACCGCCGCGGCCGCCGCCGCCAACCUGUCCCAGGAGAGACAGCGACGCAUCGUGAGGAAAGCUUUCAGGAAGCUGGACAAGAUGAACAAGAAGAAAGAGCAGACUGUCUGUAAAGAUAAAGGCUCCGUGGAGAAGAUGGAGACGCUGGUGCAUCUGGUGAUCUCUCAGGAUCACACCCUCCGCCAGCAGAUCCACAGAAUCAAGGAGCUGGACCGGGAGAUCGAGCGCUACGAGGCCAAAGUCCACUUCGACCGCAUCAAGAGACACGGGGUGAACUAUGUGCAGGACACGUACCUGGUGGACUCCUCCGCGGACGCUCUCGCCGCUCCCACGGACUGCAUGCGCAAAGCGGAGCGGCAGGACGCGCGGUGCACGGCGGAGGCGCUGGCGCAGUUCGAGGAGUACGCGCGCCGCUGCGAGGAGGUGGUGCGGCUGCAGGAGGAGCUGACGGAGCGCGAGGCGCUGAUGGAGAGCAUCACCGGCGAGAUCCAGGAGGAGCUGAACCGCCGCUGGAUGAAGCGGCGGCGCGAGGACAGGGGAGCGGAGGAGGCGGCGGAGGCGGUGCGCCUCGCCGCGUCCUCCGCGUCCGCCGCUCCUGCGGCAGCGCCGGAAGCAGACGUUGAGAGUUUGUCCGAGAACGAGCUCGCGCUGGAGGAGGAGAGGAUCCGAACCCAGCUGGACACGAGUCUGUACAUCGGCCUGAGGCUGAAGACCGACCUGGACGCCAUGAGAGGAGACUUGGACCUGAGUCUGGAACUCUGGGAGACCAAGGAGGGCGAACUGCUGGACCUGCUCGCCAAAGUUGAGACCAUGGAGUUAGAGCAGGUGAACAGUCACGUGACUGAUGAUGAUGAUGAUGAUGAUGAUGAUGAUAAGGCAGAGCUGCAGGGAGCAGCUGACACUGAGGCAGCAGCAGCAGCAGCAGCAGAGGAGAGCAGUGUUUGGGUGGAACAGGCCCGAGGUCUGUCCAAGUCCUGCGACACCAACGACGACGACUCGGACACAGGUCUGAGCUCCAUGCACAGCCAGGACUCGGACAACGUGCCUGUGUGUGAGUCGCUGGUGUGAGUUUGACACAAAGUCAAAAAAUGACAAAAAGAACUCAGGGGCAGAGAAAUCAGUGUUGGAAAUACUGGGAGCGUGGACGCUGUCGUUCUAUAGCAAUAAUCUCUCUUAUGUAGCCGUUGCACAAUAAGCUGAGGGCCUUGAUGCUGACCUUUGACCUCCAAGAGGAGAGUCAACAAAGUAGAUCACUUAUUAGCUCAUAUUAUUGUCCUCAAAGGAGGGAGACACUCUUAGGAAUCUGUCUGUCAUGUUAUCUCAGAGGUUUGUGUCACCUGCACCAAACUCCAGAGAGAAAAUCAGUGAUUUGACACCACAGCACAGAGGAGCUGUUGAUCCACCGCUGCGUUCAAAUGGUUCUGAUUUACACAAGUGUCACAAACUGACCAAACGAGGCAGUGGCAGCACAGGAGCUCCUGAGUCCCUGAGCUCUAAAAAUGCAGAUUUUCUCAAUGGGGUUUGGUGCACGAGAGGAAAACACUGUACAAACGUGGAAAAAGGACAUUUAAGUGGUGAGAUUAAGUGGUGAACAUGUUCUUGAGAUUACUGGCAUGUAAUAAACAGUUUAACAAUCCCUUUAAGGUUAAUGACACACUCGAGUGGGGAAGGACAACAGUGCGACUUCAGAGAAAAUGCCAAAUGUUGUGUCAGAUUUUGGAAAAAUGAAAGUGCACAUUAUGAAUCGAUGAUCCCUCAGCAAAGCACAUUAUCGUCAGUAUAAGUGUAAACGUCAUAUUUAUUCAGUUUUAGUGUGGAACCCUCACAGCUCAUUCCAUCACAGCUUUCAACUAUAGAGGAGAGUGGUAUUGAUCGUUUCCCAGAGUGUUAUAAUCCAGUGUUUAACAAGGAAAUUCAAAGAUACACAUGUUAUAAACACAAAUAAUAACUGAACCAGAGGUUGAAAUCACAGGAAACGUAUUAUUCCUUCAAUUUAAGAGAAAAUACAUUAGAGCAUUUACAGCUGAAGCAACAGAGGCAGAGAUAUAUCCUUAUUGGACUGGGUCAAGCUUCAGAAUCAAUCACUGUAAUCCUACGUUUCCCAUAAUGCAACUUGUUUCAAGUGUCAGAGAUACAGAACCGUCCCCUCUCACCACGACUAAAGUGACUUUUAUGUGCAACAUUGGUGGAGUAUGUGUGCCUUUAAAUGUGGGUCGUUACCAUGGUUACUGUUCUGAUGGCAGCUUGUUUCCCCAGAAAGCAUAAUAUUAUUGUUCCCGACCAGAAACUACUUAAGAAAUAAUUAAUAACUGAACAUAAUCAAUGACAAACAAACCAGAAAUGUAAACAAUAUCUAAUUAAUGUUUAAAGUCAAAGGACUGAACAAUUUCUCUGUAUUUGUUUAUUUCAUCUGAUUAACAACAUAAUCAAACUUGAUCUUCUACUAGAUUUGCUUUAAAAAAAUGUUUUGUACUUAGCAACAGUAGCUACAGCUAUUGUUGCUAGCUACAUGUUAGUAUAGCUGCUAACGUCAAACACUGAUACCACAACGUUUGGCUACACAAGAUGCUAAGAAAAACAAACAAAACAAAACCAUAUGCCACCGUUAGCAUAGCAUUUAGCUAAAGUAACUGCUAACGUCAAACACUGAUACCACAACAUUUGGAUAAAGUGGCUGCUAACGUCAAACUCUACUGUAAAGCCAGCCACGGUGAUACAACAAUAGCUGCUAUUGUUAAACCCUAGCGCUACAGUGUCUGUCUACAUUAGCUGCUAACUUUAAACACUGAUGUCAUAGCAUUUAGCCGAUGUAGCAAUUAACAUCUAGUCAAAUCAAUGGCGUCUGGCUAUAGCAGCGGCUAAUGUCAGACUGUGUGUCAUACUGUGUGGUUUGACCUUAGCAGCUAAUUUAGCCAAAUGUGGAGACAAUGAUGUUUGAUUUUAGCAUCUACUGUAGCCAAAUGGCGAGACAUUAAUAUUUAAUGUUAGCAGUUAAUGUAGCCAGACUUUGCAGUAUUAGUUAACAACAUUAGCUGCUAUACAAUAUAUAAUAUCAAGUUUGCUUGUUGUGUUAAAUCUUGUCAAAAAAAGAAUCCCAGUCACAUUGUUUAAGUGCUUCACUUUCGGAGAAACACACAAAGUGAGUCACCUGUGCUAACACUGAUGCUUUCUGGAGAAACAGCCUCUUUUAGAAAUCCCUCAGUGGCCUGUGUCUGUGGACACGGUGAGAUUUAACUAUUUUAAGCCUCGGUUCACUUUUUUUUUUUGGAACAUCCUGAAAACAUUUGCUGCAAAGUCAUCGUGUUAGUUUUCCUUCCUGGUUCUGAAUUCAAACACCUGCACACACACACACACACACAAACAAGUGUCUUUGUCCGACUGUUGUCAUGUUGUCUUACAUGUUUGAAAGUUAUAACCUGGUUAAAAAAAAACACCUAUAAAGGGACUGUGGUUUUAGCUUGUGUUGAAAUAAUGAAAACACACACGUGUGUGUGUGUGUGUGUGUGUGUAGAUCACUUAUGUCACAUGGUCAGAGAACAAUACAAAAAAACACACCAGUCAGCACAUUGUUACUGUUAGUGUUGAAAUAAACUGCAAAAACCUA